CUUGUCGAGUGUUCCGUGACGGUCGGCGAGCGUUGCGAUUAAUAGCGACUGCACCCGCGGAAUCGCAUUCCGAUCUCGCGAUUUCCAGUCCGGAGGAUUACACUCUCUGGAGGGAAUAACGCGCGCGUCGUGCAUAAAUCGAGAACCGCAAGAGAGAAAACUCGGAGCUGCGCGAUGGACGGUAUCGGGAUCCUCAUUCGUCAAGUGGUACCAGCGGUAUCGGGCCGAUACGAGACGCGUACUAUCGAGGAUCGAUUCGCGGAUCGGUGGUGCUACGCGGUCUGAUCUCGAUAUAUAUCCGAAUGAAUGUUUGCUCCCUCGCGCGCACUCUUUUUCCAUCCGCUCGCCCGGCAAAAGUGACAGCUUCAACAAUAACACGCUCUCGCGAAUCCUCGCGGAUCCUCUCGCUUCCCGGCGUCCCGUAUAAAUCGGAUGCAAUCUCGCUUCCCAUUCGUACAAGUGACGUAAUCGCCCUCGAGGAGACGAAACGUGAUUUGUUGCGUAAAACGCGUCGCGAAUCACGCAUAAUUUCCGUCGAGAACGAUUAUCCGAUUAACCGAAGAUGUCCGUGAGACCUUGGCAUUAAAGAUAUUCGGAAGAGAGGAAGCUAGGCUGGAGAGAAGAAGAUAAAGGAAAGAUAUAUAUAUAUAUAUAUAUAUUUCUCUCGAGGAAUUUUAUUUCUCUUUCUGCUGAGAUCUGCUUCGAACGAACGUAAUAUAUGCAGUUUUUGCGGUUGAGAAAUAAACGCAGAAAUAUUUCAGCGUCUCCUUUCAGCUGCUGAGAAGUAAGAGUGGAUGACAUUUGUUUAAGAAGAUUAUCCAAUGCUGGGAAUCAUCUUCAAUCCAGCAGCUCACCAUCACAAUUCUAUAUUGCCAUCGCGAAGGAGAAAGCCAUCGUUGAAUGCAUUCAACUUUAUACAGAGAUCGCAUUGUUGAGUUGAAAUUGCAAAGAGCCUUCUUUGGACUUUUUUUUGUAUGUGUUGCCGAUCUACGCGGAAUAUAUGAUUUCUGUGUCAUAAAGGGAAAGUUGAAACUUGAUUGAAAGUUGAAAUCUCGUCUUUUUUAUGAUAGACUGACAUUUGGAAUGAAAGAUAAAAAAAUAUACAUACGCGACUUAAUUACGCUUAGCUCUUCUCGCCAGUGGUUUAUCUUAAUUGGAUUAAAAUCCCAUUGUCAUCGUCUCUAAUCGUCUUCGAUUAGAUUCCAAGAAUCACAUGCUUUUCCAGAAGUUAUUUUUCGAUUUCCCCAAAGACUUAUUCUCGCAAACGGGCGCAUCAUUAGAAGCGGAGCUAAAACUAUCAGGAUUACGCUGAAAAAGAGAGCAUUUCCGUGAUUGCCGAAGGCAGCCGUGAAAAGCGGCGCGUGGAUGAUCGAGCGAGAACUCGUUUCGAGUCUGCGUGCACCUCUGCAGUCUCUUUGCACCGCAGCAAGAGUGCUUUGCGACGAAUAGAGGAAAAAUCCGGGAAAAAAUCAACAAAGAAGGGAAGAAAAUCUCAUUAUCGCCGGUUCGAGAUAUAGAAACUUUUCAAGAGUUCACGGGAUUAAAAAUAAUCCAAUUUGUGCUCGCGUCUUUCGUACAGUUCGAAUCGACGAAUUUAGACGGACGGAGGCAGUGUCUGUCGAAGAUUACGUCGCGAGAGAGAUAAUAUCGAUUUAUCGGAGAAUUUUUGCCCCUUCGAGCAUCGAUUUAUCCAUUUCCGUGUGUAAUCGAAGAGCGGUGGUCGACCCACGAAUAUUUCGGACUAUACUGCGCAGAACCGCGACCACUUUUACGAGGAUCGGCGCACCUGGAGAGGCAAUAACUCGUCUGGCGAAUACGUAUAUCUCGGCGAGUACCUCGCGAAUCGGUUUGGUAUUCGAGCGACCGCGUUUACGCGAGAGAGGACGAGCGUAGCUGAGAGUUCUUGGUGCCUACUCGCGAUAAACGUAGCCGUUGUUCGCUUUCACCGGAGCUAAGGUUCGCACGUAACGUGUCUGGCACAGCAUAUUCCUUGCUGAUAAAUCUAUAUAAUAGCGCGAGAAUAACGGUUCGCGACGAAAUAUCACGACCGAGACGCGAUCGCGGUCCCGUUAUUUUGCGAAAUCGAAAUUUGACAGCGAGAGAGAGAAAAUCGGCGCGAAGUGGGUCGCGAUAGAAACUUUGCAAAAGUUCAUCGAAGGUCUUAUAGUGAUCAUUGACAAGUCACAGUUCGACGACUUUGGACGCGGACGAAGAAGGAGCAGGUGUAGAUUUUAACGCGAUUCUUAUCCUCUCGAAUCGAGGAAGAUAAGAUCCGAGCGAGGGAGUAGACAGUAAAUCGAUGUGCAACGAGAUACCGAGGUCGUUGCACGCGGUGUGUACGAACGCGAUUUACUCGAGUGCUCGAUAAGAAGACCGCGAGAUUCCAACGGGGUCAAUCUUGACGGCUAUGUCGGCGUGAAGACUCGAUCGCGCUUCGUCAAGAGUUGCUCCUCUCUCUCUCCCUCUCUUCUCAAAGAAGCCAAAAGCGUAGUAAAAAGCCGGCAAGCUGGAUGCUACAGACGGUGCCUCGCCCCCUCCGCCCCCGCCCGACAUUACUGUCACUCAGGAUGACCGCUUCGGGAAGCGGACGGGUGGCAGUGCCAGGCGACCCAACGAAUGCUUCGUCCUCGAGCCCUCCGAGAUGAUUGUCAUCGACUAUCCGGAAGUUCAUGGUGGAGGAAGGAUGCAUCGACCACCACACCCGCAUCCCAUAACCGACCACCGUCAGGUCAACCUGGUCUUCGAUGAUACGUUCUCGCAGGGCCUGACAGGCAGGCCAGAAUUGUAUCAGAAAUCAAACAGAAGCAGCCAUUCGAGUGACACAAGUUCGGCGUACAGUGGAUCCGACACAAUGACAUCAGUACAAAGUUCAUUAGACGCGGAUCCCGACGAGGUGGAUCUCUCGGGUCUCGUGGAAUCUAUUGUCGACAGCGAUGAGGAAGAGGAUCUAGCAGAAAGCAUGGAUAGUUUAACAGUGCGGGAUCCUGUACGAGAAUGUUUAGAGAAGGAUCCUGUUGAAAGAACGGAGGACGACAUAGAGACGCUUUUGGAAUUCACACAACAACUGAAAGCUUUCACAAACAUGACUUUGGCCGUCAGAAGAGCGUUGUGCGCUGUAAUGGUAUUUGCAGUGGUCGAUCGGGCCGGUAUGGUGGUCUUGAAUGAUGGUGAAGAACUCGAUAGUUGGAGCGUGUUGAUUAACGGUGCUGUCGAGAUUGAGCACAGCAAUGGUGAAAUUGAACAGCUCGGUCUUGGAGACAGCUUUGGUAUCUUGCCUACUAUGGAGAGGCUAUUACAUCGCGGAGUUAUGAGAACAAAAUGCGAUGAUUGUCAAUUUGUUUGCGUCACACAAGCAGAUUACUUUAGAAUUCAACAUCAGGGUGAAGAGAAUACCAGGAGACACGAAGAGAAUGGAAGGGUAAUUUUAGUGACAGAAUUAAGAGGAGCUUUGGACGGCGCCGCGCGAAGAGGCCACGUGGUGAUACGGGGAGCAGCGGAACGUUUGAUGUUACAACUCAUCGAAGAAAACAGUAUUACAGAUCCUACUUAUGUAGAAGACUUCUUGUUGACUCAUCGAACGUUUAUCGAUAGCCCGUUGUUGGUCGCGAGUCAAUUGUUGGAAUGGUUCGAUCAAGCACAAGUGCGAGAUCGUGUUGCUCGCGUCGUGCUCUUAUGGGUGAAUAAUCAUUUCACUGAUUUCGAGACUGAUCCGGCGAUGAUGGAAUUUUUAGAAGCAUUUGAAACCGGAUUGGAAAGGGAAAAAAUGUUAGGACAACAAAGGUUAUUAAAUAUUGCAUGUGCGGCGAAAGCGAGAACGCGGAACGUAACAUUAGCUAGACCAAACAGAGAUGAGGUCUUAAAUUUUAGCAUCUUAGGGGGAUUUGAAAGAGGUUUCGGUAUAUUUAUUUCAAAAGUUGACAAGAGAUCUAAGGCUGAGGAUGUUGGUUUAAAGAGGGGUGACCAGAUUUUAGAAGUAAAUGGUCAGAGUUUUGAGCAUGUGAAUCAUGCGAAAGCGCUCGAUAUUCUGAGAGCUUCUACGCAUCUCAGUAUAACUGUAAAAUCUAAUUUACUUGCUUUCAAAGAAAUGCUUCAGAUGCCAGAUAACUCUCCGAGACCCCGAGGUAGGUCAAGUAAGCCGGAAAUACCCAGGCUUCCAUCUGAUCCACGUGCUAGACUGUCGACUCAUGUGGAUCCCUUGACUGGUGUGAAUCCUUUAAAUCCUAUGAUUGGUGGAGUACCAUUGUUGAUGCCUGAUAACAAUGUAUCGCCAUGUAAAGAUGCCAAAAAGGAGCACAAAGGAUUUAUGACUCUUGGACCCAAACGACGAUUACAGAAAGCACUUAUGAAAAUGAACAUACUGCCAAAGAACACAAUCAACGAUGGUGUACAUUUGGACGAUCCUCUUGCACCACCACAUACACCACCGGGAACAGGGCUUGCGCAAACAACAACUAAUCUGUACCAUUCGAAGAGUAACCCAGAUCUUACGUCGCUUUAUUGUUACGAUGACUUGCGAGCAAACGAUUAUCCCGAACAUGUGCUCAAGGUAUACAAAGCAGAUCAAACCUGCAAGUAUCUUCUUAUCCACAAAGAAACGACAGCACAUGAGGUGGUAAUGCUUGCACUUCAAGAAUUUGGUAUAACGGAAAGCAGUUCAAAUUUCUCUCUGGCAGAAGUGAGCGUUGGUGAAGGUGGCAUGAUCAAGCAGCGUAGAUUGCCGGAUCAAUUGCAAAAUCUCGCAGAAAGAAUUGGAUUGAGUUCGCGAUAUUACUUGAAAACUAAUGGAAUUUCCGAAACUUUAGUAGCCGACGAUCAAGCUCCAGAACUUAUUCGAGAAUCUCAAGUUCAUUUUCUGCAAUUGAAUGCCGUAGAGGUGGCGAUACAACUGACUCUACAGGACUUUAGUAUAUUCAGACAAAUUGAGUCCACAGAAUAUGUGGAUGAUUUGUUUGAACUGAAGAGCAGGUACGGCAUACCUAUGCUCAGUCAAUUUGCAGAACUAGUCAACAGAGAAAUGUUUUGGGUUGUAACAGAAGUCUGCUCCGAGCAUAAUCUCGUGCGGCGUAGUAAGAUUAUAAAACAAUUUAUCAAGAUAGCGCGUCAAUGUAAGGAGUGCAAAAAUUUCAACUCCAUGUUCGCGAUCGUAUCUGGUUUGGGUCAUGGUGCAGUGUCAAGAUUAAGAGCUUCGUGGGAAAAACUGCCAACGAAAUAUCAAAGGUUAUUUAGUGAUUUGCAGGAAUUAAUGGAUCCCAGCCGCAACAUGAGUAAAUAUCGACAAUUGGUGGCGUCUGAACAAACGCAACCACCGAUAAUACCUUUCUAUCCAGUCGUGAAGAAAGAUUUGACUUUUAUACAUCUUGGUAAUGAUUCGAGAGUAGAAGGUUUGGUAAACUUUGAAAAACUCAGAAUGAUUGCCAAGGAAGUGAGAACGCUAACAAACAUGUGCUCUUCACCUUAUGAUUUAUUAACCAUGUUGGAGAGAGGCGGGCAACCACCGAGUUCUGCGAUGGUUGCUUUAAAUCAAAUGACCACUGGAAAUCAGGGCGGCCAAACUGCGACGGUGAAACGACGAAAGAAAUCCACGGCCGCACCCAAUCCAAAGAAAAUGUUCGAGGAAGCGCAGAUGGUUCGAAGAGUGAAGGCCUACCUUGCAAACAUGAAAGUAAUCACAGAUGAGGAGCGACUGCAUCAACUUUCCGUCGAUUGCGAGCCGCACGCGGGAGCGGUCGCGGUUGCGGCUGCGGUUCCACUGAGUGGCAGUCGAGGAAGAAGGCAUCCGUCGCCUACUCUGUCAACUACUAGUAGCGCCAGCAGCACUAGCGAAGGCAGAAAAAGUAUACAAGGUACAAAAUUCGGCGCUGCGUCGCCACAGGCGGUGAGGAAAAUGCUAGCCUUGUCAGAUCCUCACAAGACACGACCGUAUCAACCCAAGCAUUGUCCACCGCCGUUACCAGUACCAGGAUUGGCUCUACACUCGAGUGGUUUAGAGCCUAGUCCAGGUGCACCUAGAAGAGUAGGAUCCGGCAGUAGAGUACCGAUGCACGAGCGAUCCCACAGUGAUACACCCGCUAGUCUACCGCCGCCUGUCGACCUCAGUGCGGAGAGCAGUAGCGUAACUAGCUUGAGCAAUCUCCAACCACUGAGGAAAACCUUGACAAGCGGUUCGGUGACGAGCAGUGACAGCGGUCAUAGCACUCAGCUGGACAGCCACAGCGGGAGCAGCGUGGAAGCGGGCGGCAGCCCACCGCCACCGCAAAGACGGCACUCCGCUCUGCAAGGUACUACGGGAUUAAACAUGGGCCUAGGGAUGCCAGCUCCGCUGCCGCCGCCCGGCGCGGCUACCAUGACGAUAAUGACGACGAUGGGCACCAUGUCGUCGUCGGGCAACAUGCCGUCGAUGACAACCAUGCGACCUGGCAUGAGUAACGCGCCCCAGUGCCGUCAACCACCGGCGUACAAAGUCGCGCAACAGAUGGCGAGGUUGCACAGACUCGGUCGUGCUAACAGCCACGAGGGGGUCACUUAUCGGGCCACCGAUCACGAAGAUGGUACUACUACAUCUAAGCAAAUCGCUCUCUCUACCGUUCACACACACACAUAUACACAGAGUUUCACUCUCUCUCUCUCUCACGUCUUUUACAUUUAUAUUAUAUUACAUCUAUUUCGGUUUACGCUCGUGUUCUCUUAAGGCUUCUUAUUUAUCUUGCCGUUGUUGAGAUUCACGCACGGCGAAGAGCGCUGAUGAGUUCCAUUGGCGAAAGUCUGCUCCGUCAGCUCGCAUUUACACCGGAGUAACUGUUCUGAUCUUUACGACAGUUCUCAUUUGCAAAUGCUUUUUUAUCGAUUUUUUUCCUUUUUUUAAUAGUUUUUUUUUUCAGCGUGCGCGUGCUACCAAAAGUGGCUCCUCUUAUUUUCAUCUUGUUAUGCAUUUUCUGUUCUCGUUAUUUACAUCAUUUAGAUGGAUAUAGCGAGACUUUUAAGAUUGCCAUUUUUUUCCCUCUAUAUAGUAUUGAUUUUUGUCGUUGCAAGCCACUUUUUCCGAGACAGUCUUUUCCCUAUUUAUGAAAAAGAUAUAUGACACGAUUGAAAUAAAAUGUUGAACAAAAUCAUGAAUAUAAUUUUGAAUACAAUCUUGAACAUAAUCAUAUCAAUGCAGUGAUAAUGUUAUCAAUGUCGGUCGGGUGAGAAACGACCGAUAUUAUUCGAUGUCAUAUGGUUAUCAUAUGAUUAUAAUCAUAUUAUGUAAAUAAAUAUUAUAUAUUUACGUGUAAAUGUGAAAACGUGCUUGUACAACACGUUGAAAGCUUGUGUUUUAUUAAUGUGAUUAUGUAGUGCACUCAUUCAGCCAAUGGUCGUGCAAUUUCAUAAUCAUGAUAAUUACCCGCAUUAAGUCAAUAUUUACAUUAGUGAUCAUUGCAUAAUACACUAUAGCUUGCCUAUUAUCAUUGAAUUUGUUUUGCAUUGAAAUGUUAUAAUAAAUUAUAUGCGAUUUGUUUUCACAGUUUUACCUCUUGCAUAAAAUGUCGAAGCAUGAUUCGCUACUUGCAUCCAUGUCGCACGUGUAACCCUUUAUCCAUUUUUGUUUGCAUUGUCUGCAUUAAUUGUUAAUUUCUCUUGAAUUAGUUUUUCAAAAUAAUCGAAGUCAAACAAAGAAAUUCUUUUGUUUAUAGACAUCACAUUAACGAGAGACUCUAAAAAUAUAGAAUAUAGGAAAAUAUAGAAAAUAUAAAAUAUAGGAAAAAAAUAUAGAAAAAUUGUAUAUAAUCUUGCUUUAUUCAGCAUGGAAUAUUUCGCAAUAGCUUUUAAUUUUGCAGCUCGAAAUACUUGUGUUAUUUUUCGCUCGAGAUAUUUUUAUCACAUAUUUUGCUCGGAUUUUAAUCAAUACUGUUAAAUCGAGCCAAAAUUGCACUCGAAUUAAAAUCAUAUCAAUCCAAAUAGAGUCCCUCGUAUUUUUCCGAUCAUCACACCUGACACACUUGCGACGUGUCACAAUACUAAAACACAUUUCGAAAUGUUACAGAUGACGAAGACGCCCAAGUGUCGGCGGUUUAAGUGGUCCACGAAUCUCAUGGAGUUUCGGUUACCGUAUUUUACUUUUGUUCGUUGUAUUAUUUCUUUUACGCUGUCAGAAAAAAAAAUCGUUUUCAGAUACCACGUUGCGAAAAGAGAAUGCGGAAAAAAAUACGACAGGCGAACAAAAAAAAAUUAUCUUCCUAUAAAUGUGGUUUCGCAUUCGAUAGCCGAGAUAUAUAUCCCUAUAUUCGAUGGUCGUAUUCGGUCGUUUGUAUAUCGACACUUUAUCUUUUGAGCCGAGCGGGCAAUUUUUCGCUAGGGCAAAACCUACUUAUGCUUUACUGCAAGAUAAGAGGCGUUUAUUCUUAUUUAAGCGGAAAACGCUUGUCUUCCAAGGAUAUAUCCCUCCCGUGACAAACCUGACGGAACCAUCGAGAGAGAAUCUCAAGCGUUAAAAUAUUUAUAUAUAAUGUGUACCGUGGAAAGUAUCAAAUAGUUAGCGAAUGUACGAGGAAACGGGGUAUAUAGGAGAGUAUACUUUUCUUUUAUUAGACUGAAGGGGAACACUUUUCGAAUUGUUAGGUGUUUUCGCGAGUCUUUCUCUCGCGAGAUGACGAGAAGCGAAUUAGACGAGAAAGCGAUCAUAAUAUUCUAUAUAAAUGUGUAAUAAAACCGAGUCCAAAGAUGUUAUAUAUAUAUAUAUCUGCGCGUGUCACCAGAGAAAGAGUCUGAAUAUGACGACGUGUCCUGUAAUAUAUAUAUACUUGGUAGGUUAAUCUUUAGUGUCCGUAGUAAUGUAAGUUGGUGUAAAUAGCAUAGUGUUAUAUACAAUAAUAUUUAGCGAGGGAAAGAAGGGAUAUACACGUACGAAGGAUCGGACAAAGAUUCGAUGUGAAAUGUUUAGGGUCGCGCGGUUGACUCUCGUGUCUAACACGAUCGCGAUUCCACCGACAUUUUACAGGUUUAAGAAUUUAAAUGAUUCGUCUCCUUUUUUUGAUCGAUUCAGAAAGUGGAAACGGUUUAUAAUCGUAUUCAGAUUUCAGUCUUCAAUUCAAUUCGAUUCGAUUCGAAACGAUCUUUUCUAUUUUAAGCACCUUGCUUUUAAAAGAUUUCUAUCGUCAAUCUGGAGAUUUAAAUUUUUACUAGAGAAGUUGAUAAUUUUAUGCUUUUUUGUGUUGAAUUUUAACAAUGACAUGAUCAAGUACAAAAAAUUUCUCGAAUAUUAACCGGGGACUACGAUCGAGAUAGAGUAGUUUUUCACAACGGUGUGAAUUUUUUUAAGCGUAUUUUCUCGCAUUUACACGCCACUGAAAAAACUAUACUUCACACUUCAUCUAUUUUUUUUUUAACGGAACAUACGAAUUUUAACUCGCAAGUAAGUUAUUAUUUUUCCAAUUUCACCAUCUUUAGUUACGAUACUUUAUUCAACGUUAUCACCGGAUUAAUCAUCGUUAUUUUAAUUUCAAUAUCGGUAAUCUGUCUUAGUUUUAUUCUUGCGCAAUGUGUGAAAGGAAACGUCUUUAGAUCGUAUAUCAUUAUUAUAAUAGAAUUCGAGGGCAAGGGCGAGAGAGAAAAGAAAAGGAAAAGCAAAUAAAAUUUUUCGCCACUUUACAUGUCGGUGCGGAAAAAGCGGAUGGCUUUAUUUAUCGUAAGUUUAUCCAUGUAUAUUACAUACACACAUAGAUAUACGCGCGUGUGUGUACACGACACACACACACACACCCACAUACCCACGCAGAUAUAUGCUCUUGUCCAUUUACAUGAGACUCGAGUCCUUUUACAAGUAUUAUAAAGGAACUGUAAUUCGCGUGCACGAUGUGUAUAUCGACGCGUUAGCAAAAGAGGGCCUAAUUACCCAGGCACCGUUUUUGCGAUUGUCAAGUAAGCGGAAAAACAAAAAGUGUGUGCGAGAGAGAAGGAGAGAAUGUGCGAAAGAGUAUGGAAUGUACGUAUGUAUGUAAAAGAGGAGUGAAAGAGUAUCGAGAGUCAACACAGUACUUUUCUGGAUACUCGGAUCUCUAUCAUUUAUUACAUUCCAAACUUCGUCUUGCCGUGUUUUCGUAAACCCUUGACACAUUUUCCACUUCUGACCGUUUGAAAAAAAAAAAAAAAAAAGAGAAGAAAGAAAAGGAAUCCUCUCGUUUAAUGGACUGCCGUUAAAUAUUGUUAUUGCUUACUUUUUCCUUUUUUAAUUUUCUUCUUUUUUUUUCUUUUUCUUUUUUUUUUUUUUAAAUUAUUAAAAGACCAAUUUCGACAUCCACGAAGACUGUGUGACUCUUCGACGUUAAAAUGCCCAGUGAUCCCGAAGGAUCGGGAGGGAAUGUGAUCCAGCUCGGUCUUUCGGGACAUGGGGAGAAAUCAAUAUAUAUUUACUUGAUAUUCAAAA